AUGCAGCAUCUCACGCCUGUUGACAAGACGACGGAAAGCACAAGUUGCCUUAUUGAUGACAUCAAGCCGCAUGAAAAGUCGUCUCACAAUGCUAAAUUGAACGGAUCUGUGGCUACUUUAUUAUCAGCAUUGACUUCCAACUUUUCAAACCAAAGAAUUAACAAUUCGAAACAAUUGAUCUUACAUUUCAUCAAUGAGGUCGUCAAGAGAUCCAAAUCAUCUCAACUUGUAGUCAUUCAAGCUACAUAUCUGUUCCAUCAGAUUUAUACCAAGGCACUGAAACCCGUGUCCAUCACAGAUAUGCCAGAGUUUGCAAGAUGCUCGAAAAGAGUCUUCUUGUCUUGUCUUAUUCUUGCACACAAGUUCAGCAACGAUUCGACGUUUUCGAUGAAGACUUGGUGCUUGAUAUCCGGAUUGAAACCACGGGACUUGGCUAACAUGGAACGUUGGACUCUUUCUACCUUGGAUUACAAACUUCGGAUCGAAAGUUCAGUGCUUAAUAAAUGGUAUAACACCGUCCUCAGCGAAUCGUUCGUCUCUAAUCCUUUGCUUUCCUCUGUCUCUUCGUCAUGCAGAAAGAGAGCAAGAUCAGAGUUUGAAACGGAGCCAUAUAUACUUUCUCCAUAUAAACUACAUAAAUGGGAACACUCAGCUACACGGUAA